AUGAUUUGUUCGAAGCGGUUCCGUGCAAUACGAGAGGCAGUCAAUAGAAAGCUGCCAGAGGCUGAUACUCGCCAUCACUUCAUUUACAAUGACAACUUGCUGUGGAUCAUCUGCUCCCGCUUGCAUGGAAGAAGCGAGCCACAACCUCUGCCUCUGCCUCUGCGCUCUCAAGAUGGGCUGAAAGCCGUGGUGGCUUGCACGCCGAGUGCCAUGACGCCUCCCACGAGAGACGCCAGCCACUUGACUUUUGGCUUUUGGCUUGCUGUCAAGGUCGUCUUAUACCUUAUACUGCGCGAUGCGUACUGGCGGCCGGGAGUAGGCGUCGACGCACAACGACGUCCGUUGAACGACAAGCAUGGACGGCUACCAGUCAAGUCCUGGAUGUAUCGGCAGGCAGCACGGGAUCCGAGCAUGAAUCCCGCAACGCCGCCGCCUGGUGAGCGCCGUCAAUGGGCCAUCGACAUCCUCUGUAUUCUGACUCUGGCCGCAGACGACUUGUCCAACGUUCCGUUUCUGGACCGACAAGCCGUGUUUGCAAACUACUGGAUCACGGUUGGAUUAAUGAAUGAAUGCAUCGACAACGCAGCCCGGUUCAUCGUCUGCGCAUCACCUGCCCCCUCGUCCACCAGCUGGGUCAGAGCCAGACAACAACAACACAAACCCCCGCCGACUUCCAAUUUGCCCAUCCGCUCAUGGCCGUGCUGCCCAGCAGCGGCAGCCGUCGAGAGAGGCCGCCGACGCAGCUUUGCCAUGCCAGCUGAGCCUGUCCUUGGCGUCGUCAAGUCCAGAUCCAUCUCGAGUUCACACGCGCCGCCAGACCACCCCGCCCCCAAACACCGAGCAAAACCUUUCCCGCCAACAUAA